CAGUCCCAGGAGAGGGGACAGAGAAGGGACAGGCCUGUAGUCGUUAGGAUGGGCCUUUGUGCUGAGUAGCAGCGUGUACACCAUUUGGGCUAUCAGAGGCGCCCCUGGGCAGGAGCCUCCACACACCCCUUCCCUCUUCUCUCUCCAUGGCUCUUCUUCACAUCCUAGCUUCUUCUGGGGGGGGGGAGGGUAAGGGGGGAAAUUUUUUUUAUAUAUAUAUAUAUAUACAUAUAUAUAUAUCAAGUUUUAAAUUAUUGAUAGUUCGUCUGGAUUACCAAAAUCACUCUGCAGCCCUGCCCGCGGCUGGUAGGCCGCAACCCUGGUCCCCAUCCACAGCUGCGUCCUGCUCCCCCGCCAGCCAACUAUGCAGCCCACAGAAAGGCCCUGUGGGCCCCAUUGCCCAGCACUGUUUCACAGAAGGCUCUGGCAGCGUCCCUGGGCCCCACGAGCACCAGCCCCUUGAUCAUCUGGGGCUUGCCAUCACCUUGUUCUCUCCCUGCUGUCCCUACCACGCCCUCCUGCCAUCUUCCGGGAGAAGGAAACCAAAGGAUCUAGAAGUGGGGGUGGGGAAGGUUUCGGCCUCUCUCCACUCCCCUCCCCCCAUGCCCCUUACUCCCCAGCCCAGAGAGACGCUGCUCGUACCAGAAGAGACUAUUGAAAGAUGAUUUAUUUUAUUUUUCUCUGACCUUUCCAUCCUUGGGAAAAUGGAAAAGAAAAAAAAAAAAAGACAAAAUCGACCAUAAAAGACCAAAAAAAACCAUCAGAAAACCCCCACCUAAUCCACAGAAAGUGAUGUCUUUCCCCUACCCUUGGAAUUUUCUUGUUUUGUUCUUGGAAAUAGUAUUUUUUUAAAAGUUGCCUUAUUGUGGAGUGGGAAUCUGAAAUACCCAAAUGCCUGUUUUCCUCGGUGGAGUCAACUCGAAGAGCUCCCACCUUCUCUGGAUGUGCCUGGGCUGGAUUGACUAGAAUCUGUCUCUGGAUUGAGUUGCAUGUACAGUGCCUCCUGCCUGUAGGCAAGAGAGUUGGGGGCGGCUCAGAUCAGAGCCGUGCCCAGAAUAUCUCCGCUGUUGCAUCAUUUGAAGCUGACGUCCCGUGUCUGUACACUGCUGCCACUGUCGUGUCCUUGCUCUGCUUGCUGUUGCCUCACGCCAGGGCCCGUCCUGCCGUGACACCCUUCAUCCUACCCUUGGAACGCCAAGGCCAAGUUUGCUUCAGACUGUUGGAGGACAGCGUUGGCCUGGAUCUGGGACACACUCGUCCUCGGCUUGACUGUCUCCCCCACCUCAAAGGGGAAAGGUGAACACUUGGCAGCUGAGGCUUGGAAACCUUUCUUGCGUUCCCUUGAUAGAUCUCUGAGACCUCGAGGAGGCUUUGUCUCUUAAAAGGUGGAGAGAGAUGCCGUUCUCCUCCCUUGGGCCGGGUGGGUAUCCCCAUCUUGCGCCCCGCCCCCUCUGCAAGCCAUCUCUGCCCACCCUCCAGUUGACCCCGCCUGGGAACGAGAGAUUGAGGAGGCUUUGAGGGUGGGAGGGGGGUCCUGCCAGUUGGAGAAGCCCUGUGGCAGGAAGGUAUAUGUGGACAUAGAGUAUACCUGACUUCUCCAGCCACUGACUGCUUGACUUGGGCUGUGAAUGACAGUGGAAUGGCUGGAGUCUCCUGGCAUCCAGAGCUAGGGAGGGUGACCCAAAACUGACCCUCACAAACGGGGCUGGGUGCGGGUAUGCCAACACGCUCACCACAGGGUGGUGGUGGUCAUGUGCUCACGCCUCUUGGCCCUUGUCAACUGCUUCCUCUGUCGGGCCCUAAAGCUGGGAGUCGGAGACAGUAUCUCAGGCUGGCUAGGGCUUGCCCUGUGUCUUGGGCACCUCAUUGCUUUGGCCUGUGCCCUCCCCCAUCUCUGGCCUCCCAGCAGUUAGUAUGGGGAAGCCCAUCUUAGUUCCUGUGAGCCGGUUGUCUCGAAAGCCAAGGAUGAGUGUCUGGUCUCUGCUCUGACAGUGGGGUUUGAGGCCUCUCCCUGCCCAUCUGGUGCCUGCCCCACAGUGUGCCAGACACUGGACGCCCUCCUCCUUCCCUUCAUUGCCUCUUUCUUUCCUUUGGGUUGCUCGGCCCUGUACUGUAUCCAGCACCACAGAAACCUCAGUGUUUGUCCUCUGCUGGGUUUGGGGGCACAAGGAAGCCUUGGGAGUAUGGGGAAAGGCUGUUCUUAUCUAGAGUUUACUCCCAGGCCAGGGGGCUGCCAUCCUCUCCCUGAUCCUCCCCACAGACACCCCACAAAGAGGAAGCCCCUUUUGGGUGGGGAGGUGAGGACGUCAUCUCAACACAGGCUGGGGUUGGGGGGGCUUUUUUCUUCCAUUUUUUCUUUCCUUUUUUUUUUUUUGUAACAUGUUCGGAGUUAAUGUUGCAAAGAGUAGUUUACAUCUUCACUUUCUGAAGACACUUGAAUUUAGGACCGAUGUAUCUGUGACAAGCACCAUCCUCCAUGGGGAUCCAAGAUCGGAGACACAAAGCAACAGCCUGCCCAAAUCCUUCUGUUCAUCCUGUUCCCUUCCAAGAUUGGUCCAUGCCAACACAGCCUUUGGGCAUCAAACAUCAGAAGGUCUGUGUACCUCGGCCCUGCUAAGGGGCAGGUUUCUCUCGUGCUCUCCUGAAUCUGGGAGUAAAGGCACUACCAGGAGAGAGGGGCUGCCCGACCCUGCCCCAGCCUGGACCCCUUGGGCUCAGAUCCAGGUGCAGAGCCCCCCGUGUCAAAGUUGUUAUGUUUUUGUUUUGUUCUAUUGUAGCUCUUUUUUUCCCUUUCCUGAUGAUUGGUUUUUGAAAAGAAAGUUGCUCAGAAAGCCCUGGCAGUGGGGAGGAGGGGCAAGAAGGACAACUAGCUUAUAGGGAGGGUGGUGGUUUUUUGCCAGAAGCCUGGGUAGAGCGGUCUGAAUCGCCUGGUGCCUCCUGAGCGGGGGCCCCAGGUCUCUCCUGUGUGCGCAGGGCCCGGGAUGUGCCCCAGCCCCACCCUCUCCUUCAGCCGUGUUGAUAGCAGAGGCAGAGAAGAUAAGAGCAUACAGCCCAUUUCUGACUGGAGAGGAAAACUUGUCACCGGCUUUGCGGAGAAGGUUCCACCUUAUGCUCAUAGUACGUUAUCUUUACCAUGUGCUAGGAUAUCACACUUACAAGGACAAAAAAAUGUAAAAUACUUGAAUGAGCUUGUAUUAUAACAUUAAUAUUAUUGAGAGUAUCUGCUUUCCAGGCUGAAGUGAUUCAUUCAUUAUUCUAGUCCUGCUUUAGUCGUUUGUAAUUUGUGGUAAUUAUGCUUUUCUUUUUAAUACAAAAAAAUGUAUAAAAAUAAAAACUUGAAAAGGCAAAAGCCUGGCUGGUCUCCCAUGAGGGGUGCAGCUGUUGGGGGUGUGGGGUGGAGCCUGGUUCUCCUUCCGACCGCAGAUGCAGAGGAGCCUGCGCUCGGGGUGUGCACAGGAAACCUCUGCGGGGCUCUGCCACUGUGCUGUCGGGGAGUCUACCCAGGGCAGGGGCUCCGACACAGCUUCUACGGCUGCUAGUGCUUCCAGGUGUUUCCUCGGAGAUACGGAGAGCUUCUGCCAGCCUCGAAUUCAUGUCCGCCUCGUGUCUCAAGUGAGAUGGGGCAGCUGUAGGCAGUGCCACAGACCAGAGCGACACCAUUCCAGCAGCUGGAAUUCCAGGACUUCAGGCACUGGCUGUGGCUUGGCAUGGUGUCAGGGCACAGCCAGGAAGAUACGAGUUGCUGUGACUCCUCACUGGACAGACUUCCCUGCGGGGUAUAAAGGAGGGACCAACACUCCGGCCCUGUGGAAUCCAGGUCGGCCACGGAGCCCUGAGGAUUGACGCCGGGGAAGGAAGGAUGAGCGCUCCCACCGGGACCGGCCCCUGAGCCGCUGGUGCCUCUCCCUGGCCCGUGAGGCCAGGCACCAGCCGUGAUAACAGUCUGAAUGCCGGCCUGGCCUUGGGGUGUCAUUACAAAACUGAACGUGAGCCUUGUUUACUCAUUCCCUGACAGCUGUUUGUCUCCUGGGCCUGGCACUUGAGCGUCCCAUCUGAAAUGGUUUUCCAGACAAUUCCACCUUGUGUCAGGUGAACAGGAACUUUAAGAGCACCGAUGGCCCGCAGGGGCCAAAGGUGAGGCUAGGAGACAGUGGGCAGGGCUUCUGCGGGCCGCUCUGGGAAGAGGAAGACAUUCAUUCCUUCCACGGCUUGCUGGGAAUACUCUGAAAGAAGCCACAGAGUGUUUCCUUGUGCUGCUGUGGCGCACAGACACCGUGUGGUCGUGAUGCCGGAACGACUCGCGUAGGGAGACAGAAACCCAAGUAUCCACUGCAGAGGAGACCGGUUGGUUUUCCAUCCUUUCUCCAUUCACAUGCACAUUCUCUGCUGCCAGUGUUGAGACCUCGACCUUUCCUUCAGGCUAUUUGGUAACCAGUGUCGGGGCCAGGCCCAGCGACCUGCCUAAGAAAAAGGGUGAGAGAACGAGGCCCCUCGCCCCUCUGCGCCCCAGCAGUACCUCCAGGUCUACAGAUGUUAAAAGGAGAGACCGCCAUUCUUCCUCGUCCUCCACACUCCUCAUUCCCGACCCUCGCUCAGUGCACUGAAGAGGGACUGUUUUCCAACUGUUUGUUUAUUCGUAGGACAGGUUGUGGGUGCAGGUCAGCAGCUAUGAGCACGUCCAGCACUGGUGCACCAGGAGCUGUGCUCAAGCGAAGGGCAUGCGGUCCCAGGGAGGGGGCUGGGCCCACCCAGGCCCGAGGAGGACGCUGCCUGCUAAGCGCCUGGUCGGCCUCUUGGGCAGGUCCUCUGGGGAGAUAGGGCCCGUGGCAGGAGGUCGUCCUCUUUGAUAGCUCUGCCUGGAGAUGUGGCCCUAUCAGAUGUUAAAGUAUUUUAUAAAACUACAGCGGGUGGUUUUCUGGACAGAGGAGAACUGAAUGUUCAGGAGAAUAUCAGACUUUGGAAACUAUAAUGGUGGCCUUGCAAAUCAGAGUGUCUUCACGUUGAUACUGGGAGCCACAGGGUUCCUGGCAAUGUCAGAAGCAGCUGAGCGAACCCAGGGUGGGGACUGCUUCCACCUGGGCAGCUCUGUGGUUUUGUGGUAGACAAUAAGGUCUCAUUGGAAAAGGCAUUACUGCUAAAGUCAUCCUGUAAAAAUGGUGCUGAAACAACUGGUUCAUCAUUUGAGGGGGAAAUAAGGAUUUUACCUGCUGUUCAGCCGUGUAUUUCUUGCUUUAGUGGAGGAAGAGGGUUCUAGCUCCUUUGGUCCUGCCUCAGAGAGCCUAAUUAGGGGCCUCAGUUGGGUGUCCCCAAAGGUCAGCAACUCUGACCCUACCCUCUGUGGCUAAAAGGGGGCCCCAGCUGAGCGGGGCCACAGGGUUUGGCCCUUGGUUUCCGCCUGUGGCUGAAGGUAUUGAGAUUUGGUCUGCGCCUCUUCUUGGUAUCUCAGUUGUAGUCACAGGAGGAGCUCCUGUGAUUGGUAUUUUCAGAGAGGGGUGAUGUCCAAUUGCAGUGGGGCAGAGUUGAAGUGGGGUCUUUAUCACGCUGUGUGUCUGUGCGUGUGCGUGCGCGUGCGUGUGCGCGUGCGUGUGUGCGCGCGCGUGUGUGUGUUGGGGAGCAGUGGGGACUUGAUCCCAGAACCGUUGCCAGGGUGUCCUGGCCCUGGCCUGAGUACAGAAUGAGAGAGGCUUUUGGGGACAGGAAGGGGCAAAGCAGUGUCUUCGGGUUCUCCCACCCCUUGGCAUCAGGAGGAGCUAUGGCUGGAGCCACACGGCCUCCUGCCACCUUUGUCAUUCUCUGUCUUGGCAGGGCUACCAAGGAGUCAUCUGGUGUCCCUCUCCCCUUCCACAGCAGAGGACCGGGGGACCCCCCAGGAGCCCUGUCAAAGUGGCUUCUUCCCUCUGACUGGUCUCCAUUCCAAGGAGCUAUAUUUUUUCGUUACGCCAAUCCCUGGUCCCCUUUGGGAUGAUAGGGGUAGUUGGGGGAGCCCUGGUCCCCUCCUUGGGCCUGCUUUUCCAGGAGGUUGACCUCCCCCCUGCCCUCGUGGUUUGUCAUCAGAGUGCGUGGCUGAAGGAGCGAGUUGGUAGGUGCGACCAGGAGGCCUCAGGCCACCUUAGCAGACCGCGCAGAGGGCACGGCUAGGAUGGCACUCGGGCCGUGUCUUAGUCCAUCUUCUUCGGGGGAUCAGGGAUGCUCUCGGAGAGCGGGGUGAAGCCCAGCAGGAUCAUGUGUCUCUCGUAGGCCUUGGUCUGCUUAAACACAGUGUCAGUCCCGUGGAGGUGGUCCAGCACCCCCAGGACCCCAUAGCACUGGUUGAACCUGGAGGAGAGAGGAGGGUGCUGUAGGCGGGCGAGCUCACGUUCAUUUCACCUGUGCCAGCCUCGCACACGUUUCUGAGCCCUCCUAUCCCACACCCAUCCCCACCAUGCUGCCCACCUGCUUCCGGUUAACCCAGGCGGUCGUGCACAUAUUCCUGGGGCCAUUCCAGACUGAAAAGCUACGCUCUUCCUUUGGAAAGCUCUCUGUGAUUUCGACGCACACAACUCAGAACCUGGGGCAAAGCCAGCUUGUUCAGGUAGGUUCUGGGACCACCUCCAUCAGAAUCCCCUGGAACACAACUAAAUGCAGAUGCCAAGGCCUGCUCCCCCAGAUGCUUUGAUUCAGUGUAUUUGGAGUGGAACCCAAGAGGCUGCAUUUGAGGAAAGCAUCUCAGGUGAUUCUGGUGCAGGAGUUUCCUAGGCCACACCAACGAGCCUGGAGGCUUUCAGAGCGUGCACAGACAGCUUCUGUUGAAUUGCCUACGGGAAUUCUAUGCAUGUAUGCAUCUUCCUGGUAGUGCCCAUGGCUUACACUAGAUCCUCAAAGGGUCCAGGACCUAAAUGCAGGUUAAAGACCCAUAGUGGCAGGAAGAUCCAAUAUCAGACAGAAAGAGAAUGGCAAGGUGAUCUGGGUCCCAGGAUGGUCACCUUUGUCCCCACCUGCAGAUCUCUCUCUCCACUAGACCCACAUUUGAACUGAGACACCGGUGUCUGCUGUCAGGAGCUCUAGGAGUCAACGUGGGGGCUACUGCCCGGAGACCCACAGCGGGGAGGGUUGCCUUACUUGAGAUGGUGGUAGUCAUGGAAUUCAGGUGAAGGCAAGAAGGGUAGGUGGUAGCCACAGUGGGAGAUGAUGGUGAUGAUGAGGACCAAAGAAAACCAAAUGGUGAUGGAGGACAAGUGGGAUCCCAUGACGAUGGGACCCACCAUCGCCGGCAGCAUGUUGGAGACCUGCAAGGAGAGGGCUGUUCGAAGAGGGGCCCAAGGGGAUGGAGGGGACGCAGGUGGGUGUCCGGGAAGACGUCUUGACCCAGAUCUGGGGAAGCUGAAUGAGUUUCUGGACUUGAUUUGCUGGACUCCUUCAGACAUGAAACUUAGGACAAGUUAUUAACCGUUUGAACCUCAACUUCCUCUUUAGCAAAAUGAGGAUUUACACAGUUGUUGGGAGGAUUAAAUGAGAUAACUUAUGUUGGGCAUCUAGCAUCGCCCGGCAUAUGCCAACAACAAAUGGUAGCUGUUGAAUGGGCAGAAGAAAGAGCCAGUGUGAUCCCGCUCUGUGCAGGAGACUACCUUAGGGAAGGGGGUUGGCGCCCGCUGCCCUUUCCUCUGGGGGAGCCGAGCUCUACUCACCACAUGCUCAAUAGGAUGUGCGUAGAGGGAGAUCACACCGAUGGGAGCUGUCCACUCGUGGUGUUUCUUGUGGAUUUUCUUGUAGAGUUUUGGGUGGUGAAGGAGGCUGGGAAGAGAGUUAACAGUUGAUAAAUCGGCCAACCUCCCUCUCCCCCUGCCCCACCAGAACACGAGAAACCAAAGGUAGGAACUGGGGUUAUAUCCACGGAGCAAAGUUUCACAUCCAGUGAAAACACACUGGAUUGGUGCUCCGACAGCCCUGCCUUGUGAGUUCUUCUGGUGACGUUGCCUCUCUCUACCUCAGUUGUAUGAGCUGUAAAAUAGGGAGGAUGGCCAGAAAGGAUUCAAUCAAGGGGAUGAAUGGGAAACUGCCCUGCCACACACAUGAACGGAGAUCCCGGACCCUCGUCGGUGGUCGCACAUCGUCAGCGGUGGAGCGAAGAGUUGUCUUCGUGUUAGCUAGUUAGCGGGAGGCUCUUGAUGCCAGGUGCUGUUGGUCGCACCCCUACAACUCCGAGGAGGCCAGGUUUCACCCCCAUUGGUGGGUGAACCUGGGAGAGUGAGGAGCUGGCUGUGCUCAGGAAGGAAAGCGCUCACCGGUGUGCAUAGUAGAACAGCACUUCCUCAGUCAGCGUGAAGACUGCCAGCUCCAGGAGGAACCAGUGGAAGGUGGGUAGCUCUCGGCGGCAGGGGUCGCCCCCCAACUUGAGGAUGGGAUAGAGCCAGACCAUCAUGGGGAAAGAGAUCACAAACUGGUUGAAGAGAACCGUGCGGACAGACUGGCGUAGUUUCAUGGGGUCCACCUGCCCGGGGUGGGGGGGAGAGAAGGAAGAAAGGAGGUGGAUGAGAGUGUGGGAAGUAGGUCUUUCCCUUCUAGGAACCAGGCUCCUCUGUGAGCAGCUCUCGGGAGGCCCUCGCUCGGGGCUGGAUGCUAGGAGUGAUGUCUGCCUGUAGCCAGCAGCCCCUGAGUGCUGCCCGGCCCAGGGAUGGAACCGCCUGGUAAUGCCCUGCCUUUGGAAGCCCCCCCCGGCCUUAGUCUCUGCCUGAAGCUGCCUGCUCCUUCCUGCUUCUGCAGCUUCCACCACCGUCCUCCCCAUCUCUCUGGCCAGGCGCAACCCCACGUACUCCUGACAGGCAUCUUGGGGAGCCUCCAGGGUGCUUGGAGAAGGCUCCCAGCUUCAUCCCUUCUUUAGCCUUUUGGUCCCUGCUCGUCCAGAGAGCCUUGACCAGGACCAGGUGCAGAGAUCAGGGUCGCCUGCCUCCUCGUGUGGUCCAGCCUCCCUGGGUGGGAGCCAGGGAGCUGCUCUCUGGCCUCUUGUCCCGCUUGCUGUGAGCAGGUCUUGCUGGUUUUCAGGAUGGGGCUGUCAGGAUGAGGGGCUGCCUGCAUUCUCCCCAGAGCGCUGUGGGGAGCUGGCCUCACGUGCUCACAUCCCUUCGAGCCUCAAGACCACAGCCAGCGUUUCCUUGGGAACCAGUGACCCCUGACCCUUCCAUUUGUCAGAGCCCUGGAGCUCCUGGGAAUAGCCCCAUCUCCACAGGUCACUUGCUGGUCCCGAUGAACUGGUUUGGCAUUCUCAAAGGGGAUUCCCUCCUGAGAACUGUCUGCAAGCUGGAGGGUUUCUGCUCCUAGGUGCGGCCGGGUUCAGCGUGGUCCUCAUACUUCAGGCCUGCCUGUUCCUCUGCCUUUUCCAUGUCCUGCAUGUAUUGAUGGACCAGAAUUCAUCCCAUGGUGAAGCCAGGUCUGGGCAGCCUUGGUCUGAGAGCAGCACAGAGGAAGCCAUACACCUCUUCUAGCAGCCUUGACCAGGAGCUGUAGAACGGGGACAACAACCUUCUAGGCGGUUGGAGAAAAAAACAACACAAAACUAUGUGUCAUGACCUGGUUGAAGAGGAGCGUUACAGUUCAUCGUCCUGCCGUGUGACAAGGGUGAAAGAACUUAGAGAAAGGAGGCCAGAUCAGAUCAACCAUUGACAUAGUCCCCUCUAACAUAGUCAGCUGAAAGCGACUUCAAGUUUCUUCAGGAUGCCUGCGGCACUUGUGGAGAACAGCCAGGUCAUCUGUGAAGUCUGGGCCAGCAAUCUAGAAGAAGAGAUGAGGAAGAUCCGAGAAAUCGUGCUCAGUUACAGUUAUAUUGCCAUGGACACAGAAUUUCCAGGUGUUGUGGUACGACCCAUUGGUGAAUUUCGUAGUUCCAUAGAUUACCAGUAUCAGCUUUUACGGUGCAAUGUUGACCUUUUAAAAAUUAUCCAGCUGGGCCUUACAUUCACGAAUGAGAAGGGAGAAUAUCCUUCUGGAAUCAACACUUGGCAGUUCAACUUCAAAUUCAACCUUACAGAGGACAUGUACUCCCAGGAUUCCAUAGAUCUCCUUGCUAACUCAGGACUGCAGUUUCAGAAGCAUGAAGAGGAAGGGAUUGACACUUUGCACUUUGCAGAGCUGCUUAUGACAUCAGGGGUGGUUCUCUGUGACAAUGUCAAAUGGCUUUCAUUUCACAGUGGCUAUGAUUUUGGCUACAUGGUUAAGUUACUUACGGAUUCUCGUUUGCCAGAAGAGGAACAUGAAUUCUUUCACAUUCUGAACCUUUUCUUCCCAUCCAUUUAUGAUGUGAAAUACCUGAUGAAAAGUUGCAAAAAUCUUAAGGGAGGUCUUCAGGAAGUUGCUGAUCAGUUGGAUUUGCAGAGAAUUGGAAGGCAGCACCAGGCAGGCUCAGACUCACUGCUAACGGGAAUGGCAUUCUUCAGGAUGAAAGAGGGGUUCUCUGUCCUAUUCUGCAGUUGUUUUUUGAGGACAGUAUUGAUGAUGCCAAGUACUGUGGGCGGCUCUAUGGCCUAGGCACGGGAGUGGCCCAGAAGCAGAAUGAGGAUGUGGACUCUGCCCAGGAGAAGAUGAGCAUCCUGGCAAUCAUCAACAACAUGCAGCAGUGAUGGCGGCGAGGCUCUGCAGGGUGGGCCUGGUCCCAGAGUGGUGCUUAACGUGCUGACUGUGUAUACUUAUCUUCCUCCCCAAGAGAAGACGCUUCUUUUGAGCAAACUGUACCUACCAUCUGCGUUGACAGAAAGACUUUUGUUUUGCUGAAGACAAAAGAUGUCUUUUAGAUCCGGAAGAAGGGAGUUUGCUCUGAAUUUGUAAACACGUCUUCCCUGUUCCUCAUCCCUAAGCCUCUCUUCUCCAGUUGCCUCCUGCCACCAGCAUCCAUGGCUCAUUUGACACCUUCUAAAAUCCAGGACAAGUCAGAAACAAACUAGUAAAAUGUAUAUAACUCCUACCUGUGUCAUUCUUUUUCUUUUAAAUUUGUUGCUAAUCUCUGAGGAUGAAGACUUCUUGCUGUGAUUCUCAGCUGAGCUGAGGGCUUCAAGGGAAAGUGGAACCAAGUGGUGGUCUUGUGAAGUGGGUUAUAGAUGUUUAACCUUUCCUUUCCUUCCUUUUCGUUUAUUUUGACCCUUCUCGAGGACAUUUGCUUUCCUCACACUUUGUUGGUCUUUAUGUAUUAUUCCGUGGAAAUGAAUUACUCAGUGCUGAAAUACGAAGACCAGAUAAUGAAAACUUUCCUUAAAAACAAAAUUCUACUGAAUCUGUCUACCCUUUAUUCACAAGGAACUCCAGAAUGGGUAUUAAGUUAAGCACUUUCUUUAAGUCUGUGUUCCAUUGCGCCACUGAGAUUUGCUGUCACAUGUGCAUCAUUUGAAAUCAUUUUAAGUUUUCAUUUCAUAAAAUACCUUGGAUUUGAUCCCGAAGGAAACUACUAAGAGCAGGUUUUUGGAUCAUAAGUCUGUUACAUUUUCAGUAAUGUGAUUUCAGAUGGCCAUCUGUAUUCUCCUGCCUCUCUUCUCUGUUUUCCCUGCCUUUCCUUUUCAGCAAACUGAGGAGAAGUUAGGUAGAUGGAUUAUGGUGAGUACCAGCAAUGUGAGUCUUUAAAAAGUUAUAGUGGUUACAUGUAAACAGGACAGUAAGGAAUUUGGUUUAUAGGGUUCUCUUGGAGUAAUAUCCCACAACUGGGGUAGGAAGCUCAGGACUGUGAUUUUUUUUUUUUUUUAAACUAGUCAUUUAAAAAGUACACUGUAUUUUUUUUUGAAUGACUACAGUAUGGACAAUUUCAAAAAACCAAAAACUCCUUUGGAAUAGUGGAAAUGAAAACUGGGAACUCACUGAAGUGGUUGAAUAGUCUUGCAUAUUAAAAGCUUAUGGAAAACUCAAUUUAAAAUGAUUCAAAAGUGUCAAGUAUUAUAAGCUGGUAUUUAAGAUGCUUGUAAAUAUUAUUUAUGUUUUUAAUUUUGUAAAAUAAAGAUUUCUUUUUAACCACUGG